UGUGUCCAUGAGGGGGCGCUCCUCUCCUGUCUCUCAGGACAACUGAGAGAACACGAGAAAGGUUCCGCUUUGGUUGGGACCAUGACAACGCGCCCCCUGCUGUCCGGGUCCUGGCAUUCGAACAAGUGAAAGCAGAGCGAGCGACUCCCGAAAGAAUGAAUCGAGGCACUCUGGAGCGUCGCCACUGACGUCGGUCCUUUUUCCGCGGCGUCUUGCUCCUCCUCGACAGCCGGAAGCGGCGGAAGCACGCGGCCUGCGGCUCCUGUGAUCUCGGCCGACCUGAGGGCGAGUAUCCGGGUCCGGCUCGGCAGGUGAACGGAGCGCAGCGUCAUGGCGCUGAUUCCGCCGCAGGUUCUGCGCGUCGCCAUCCUGCUCUCCUACUUCUCCAUCCUGUGCCACUACAAAGCCCUGGACAUGCCCGCGCACCAGACCUACGGAGGCAGCUGGAAGUUCCUGACGUUCAUCGACCUGGUGAUCCAGGCAGUCUUCUUCGGCCUGUGUGUCCUCAUCGACGUGUCCAGUCUGCUGACUAAAGGAGACAACAGGGAGCAGGAGCGGCAGCUGCAGAAGCUGGUGAGCCUGAGGGACUGGAUGAUGGCGGUGCUGGCCUUCCCCUGCGGAGCGUUUGUGGUCUCCAUGUUCUGGUCUCUGUACCUGUACGACCGGGAGCUGGUGUAUCCUCGAUUGCUGGACAACUUCAUCCCUCAGUGGCUGAACCACGGCAUGCACACCACCGUCCUCCCCUUCAUCAUUAUCGAGAUGAGGACCACUCGCCACCGCUACCCGAGCCGGACCGCGGGUCUCUUGGCCGUCUGCUGCUUUGGCCUGGCGUACAUUGGCUGGACGUGCUGGGUGCAGCAGGUGACCGGUGUUUGGGUCUACCCGGUGCUGGAGCGCAUCACUCCGCUGGCCAGAGUCGUCUUCUUCGGCGCCAUGACGACCGUCAUCUGCCUGCUCUAUGUCCUCGGAGACAUUCUCAACACCUACAUCUGGGACUCACACACAGAAAAGGUCAAAGGUGAAUGAUGCUACGCAGCUAACUCAAGUGACCUCGGCUGUGUGAGCAGCCAGAUUCCACCUGCCUGGAGCAGCCUGCAACCAAAACAAGCUUACGAACAAACAAGAAGCUGAAGUUCAAACCUUGAUGUUUGUCACUAAAGGUGUGGGGAAAAUAGCUGUCCAUUAGUGCGCCCCCUGCUGUCAUGCCAAUAAAAGACAAACGUCCAAGC